CAGUAGGACACAUCGUCGUGAUUUACGCACAGUGCGGAACGAAGCAGCAUAAAUCUCACAUUUUCUCUGUGUCCAUCGUGCCAGGUUAUUGACCCCGUUCUCUUUACCCCAUUUGGAGCUCCGGCUUGCCUAGUUCAAGGACGGAGAAAAGAAGGAGGCAAGCCUUGGGGGGAAAAACAACUAGGUUCAGCCGGUUUGACAACGGGAGGUUCCAGAAAGAAAACACUUCAACUCAGCAAAAAAACAAAACUCCCUAAAAAUAAAACAUCAUGGAGACUGCCUCCUUCUUAAUCUUGCCCUUCCUCCUCCUCCUCUCUCUUCUCCCUUCCCCAUCCGUUUCUCAGAAUGAGAAUGACCUCACUGUAACAACCCACCAGGGACGCGUUCAAGGUAUUCGCAUGCCUGUGCCUGACAGAGGUCAUGUGACAGCUUUCUUGGGCAUCCCUUACGCUGAGCCCCCUUUGGGGAAGAAGCGCUUCCGGAGAGCUGAGCCUAAAGAACACUGGACAGGCAUCUUUGAUGCCAGCUCAUAUCCAAAUGCCUGUUUCCAGUUUGUGGACAACUCGUAUCCCGGCUUCCCUGGAACCGAGAUGUGGAACCCUAACCGGGAAAUGAAUGAGGACUGUCUGUACCUAAACGUCUGGGUCCCAGCGUCCCCACGGCCACACAACCUCACUGUGAUGGUGUGGAUAUAUGGGGGAGGUUUUUACAGUGGCUCCUCCUCAUUGGAUGUUUAUGAUGGGAGGUACCUGGCCUACACAGAGAAGGUUGUUGUUGUCUCCAUGAACUACCGGGUGGGGGCCUUUGGCUUUCUGGCCCUGCAUGGCUCUUCAGAGGCUCCUGGAAAUGUGGGGCUCCUUGACCAGAGGCUUGCCCUUCAGUGGGUGCAGGACAACAUCCACUAUUUUGGAGGUAACCCCAGGCAGGUGACCAUAUUUGGGGAGAGCGCAGGUGGGGCCUCUGUAGGAAUGCACCUUUUGUCCCCUGACAGCCGUCCAACUUUCUCUCGUGCCAUCAUGCAGAGUGGAGUCCCCAACUGCCCCUGGGCCACCGUCAGCCCAGCAGAAGCACGAAGACGUGCCACCCUGCUAGCCAAGCUCGUCGGCUGCCAGGGUGGCAACGACACAGAAAUGGUUGACUGCCUGCGGAACAGACAUCCCCAAGAACUCAUCGACCAGGAGUGGCAAGUCCUCCCCUAUAGCAGCCUGUUUCGCUUCUCCUUUGUUCCAGUGAUUGAUGGAGUGGUCCUUCCCGAGACCCCAGAGGCCAUGCUGAGCUCUGGAAAUUUCAAGGACACUCAGAUUCUAUUAGGGGUGAACCAGGAUGAGGGCUCAUACUUCCUUCUCUAUGGUGCCCCAGGCUUCAGCAAGGACAACGAGAGUCUGAUCUCCCGAGAGGACUUCCUUGAGGGUGUGAAGAUGAGUGUGCCCCAUGCCAAUGACAUCGGCCUCGAAGCAGUAGUGCUGCAGUACACAGACUGGAUGGAUGAAAACAACUCUCUAAAGAAUCGGAAUGCCAUGGACGACAUUGUGGGAGAUCACAAUGUAAUCUGCCCCCUUCAGCACUUCGCCAGAUCGUACGCCCAGCAUAAUGCCCUCCGCUCCCAGGCUGGAGUAGGGGGGUCCACUGGGGCAGGGGUUGGAGGAGGCAACUCAGGAGCAAUCAUCAAUAGUGGAGGGGGCAACUCACAUGGAGGUGUGUACCUCUACCUGUUUGACCACCGGGCUUCCAACCUGGCAUGGCCGGAAUGGAUGGGGGUCAUCCAUGGUUAUGAGAUUGAGUUUGUGUUUGGCCUGCCACUGGAGAAGAGACUCAACUACACCACAGAGGAGGAGAGGUUCAGCCGCCGCGUGAUGAAAUACUGGGCCAACUUCGCCCGCACUGGUAACCCUAACUUGAAUGCAGAUGGCACCUUGGACAGUGGACGUAGGUGGCCUGUAUUUACGGCAAGUGAGCAGAAGCAUGUUAGCCUGAACAUAGAUCCACUGAAGGUGCAUCGCGGACUGCGAACCCAGCUAUGUGCAUUGUGGAACCGCUUCCUUCCCCAGCUACUCAACAUCACAGCACCAUUCUCUGCAAACUCUAGAGGCUGCGGUGUGUGAAAUCCCAGCAGAUCAGCAGUUUCUGAGAUACUCAAACCACCCUAUCUGUCACCAGCAAUCAUUCCAGUCAAAGUCACUUAGAUCACAUUUAUUCCCCAUUCUGAAAUUUGGUCUGAAAAGCAGUUGAACCUCUUGACCACAUAUGCAUGCUUUUAUGCAUUCAGUUGCUUCCACAUAAUUGGCUGAUUAAAUAUUUGCAUUAACAAGCUGGUGUACAGGUCUACCUCAUGAAGUGAUCACUGAGUGGAUGAUCUAGCACUAAAUCUUAUGGAUGAGAUAAGUAUUAACCUGUACCAAAGUGGAGGACAGAUGAAAUUGUGGAGAAAGAAAGGAAUUGCACAUGAACCCGAGCUCUCCCUCAUCUGUGAAACAUGGUGGAUGUAGUGUUAUUGAUUGUGCAUGUACCAUAUGGCUGCCACUGGAACUGGCACACUUGGGGUGACUAUGCAUAAAAGGGCUGUCAUUCUUAGAUGAAUAACUAAUUAUGGAUGUAAAUACCCUCAAAUGAUCUGACAGUUUUCACUUUAACAUCAUAUUUAUUAUUUGAAUAUUAAAAAUUGUGUCACUGCCCCAAUACUUGCAUUUAACUGUAAAUGUGAAAGCAUAAAGUGGUCCUCAUAUGGAAUGGUUUAAUAAUUGACCCCCUACAUAUAUACAAGUAUGCCUCCCUGAAUAUCAGGUGAUCAGAGUGUCAAGAUUCAGAUUCAUCUUGAUAAUGCUGAUUGACAGUUUGAAAGACAUUCCCACUGACAUUCCCAUUGAAGUCAGUUUUAUCAGUCCACUGUGGAAAUAACUGUCAAUGGAUGACAUAGCCCUGCUAUCGAGGACCAUUUUUAGGACUGUUAUAAUAGCUGAUUAUAGAUCAGAAUGGCUUUAUAACCAUACGUAAUACACAAGAUUUUGCAUUUACCAUGUACAGGAUGUUAAUUGUAUAUAAAAAGGCACAAGAUAUUUGCUUGCAUUGGCACAGUUAUAACUUUGAACAUUACUAAAUGCUCAGAAAUCAUAUCUGAAUUUAAUCAGCCUAAUAUUGUAUUGAGUCUAAACUUGCAAAUUAAGUCCUGAUUGAGGUUCAUCUUGGAUACAUUGAGAACAAUUUUCCACAGACUGUGUAUGGCAGUUUAUCUUCAUACAACAGGAAGCUCUGAAUUACAGAGAUUGUAUCAUGAUACCUACCAACAUAAAAAGUCAUGCAUUGUGUAACUAUGCAACAUUUCUGCAAGAGAAUCAAGAGGAUUUUAGUUGUUUGGGACAAAAAACAAAAAAUUAAGAGAGAAUGACCACAGGGGAAGGAGAGGAAUAAGAGGCAAUAAGAGACUAGUAGUCUGAAUUACUUUUUCGUAACGGAUGACUAGUCCUAGCAUCCAAAAUAACUCAGAUUGUGCCAGGUAUGAGACAUGAGAUCUCAGGGUGGAAUGUCCAAGUCUUAUGUUUUAAUAUUUUGUAAACAACAAACUCCCCUCCCCCAACCUGAGCAAACUAAUUUUCAAAUCAGUAAACAAACUAGCUAAUUAGCCUUAUUUAACCUAAUUUACCAUGUCCGUUCUCUUGGGGUGCUCUACUGACCUCACAUAACACUGACAGCAUAUGUGCAGGCGUGUGCUCUCUUACUGUACCUGGGCAGUAGAAGAGUGCUGCCAUUGUACCGAUGUGAAGAAGUAUACUCAUAUUUCUCUCUCGCUCACAGACAAUAUUGAUGAGGCAGAGCGCCAGUGGAAGGUUGAAUUUCACCGUUGGAGCUCCUACAUGAUGCACUGGAAGAGCCAGUUUGACCACUACAGCAAGCAGGAGCGUUGUACAGACCUCUAAGUGGCGAGUGAGAAAGAGUGGGGGGAGGGUCAAAUAGGGCGACCACAUUGCUCCAUAAUCUCUGAGACACCUUGAGGCUGGUGAUUGUAGGUGCAACUUAACUUUACACAGUUACUCCUGUUCUCUGAUUUUCUUCUUUUCUGGUGUCUGCAGUGGCUAGCAGAGUCAGCUAAGGACACUGAACCAAAUGGCAGUGUUGACUUUAUCUUGCUUUUUACAUUAGUGUACACUGGUCUAGGAGCAAUCAGGCAUCUCCUCAGAAUCUCUGCGAUUCAUUUUGUGUUAAUCUCUUUAUGUUGAAAGAAAUGUGGAAUAUAACUAGUGGGUAUUUAGGGUAUUAAGAUAGCUGGGGAUUAUGGAGUGAUACAACCAUCCAAAUAUGAAAACAGAAGAAAAUUCAAAGGUAUAUAUUAAUGACUUUUGACUUUUGAAGACAGACUGUAUGCAUGUGUAUAAAAGAGGGAGACAGAGAGUGUGGAUAUUUGUGUACGUUUGUGUGCGCGUGUGUGGUGUUGGUAGGAUGAGACUGAUGCUGGGAAGCCCUCAUUCACUCUGAUCCUCAGGAUCCCACAAAUCUCAGAUUUUUUUUUACUUAAGGUUUUUAUUUUAAUUUUAUCUUGUAAUAUUUUUGAUUUACAAAGGCGGCUACCACUAUGUGGCACUUUCUAUGUUUUCGCAACACUUUUGUCUCUGUCAAUCUCUCAAUUUGUUUAUCUGUUCUUUCCCAUGGUCAUGUCAGUUGUCAGUACGUGUCUGUAUGUGGGUCCAACUGAAACCACUGAUCAAAAACCGGAAUCAGGAGCCAUUUCAUCAUUGUGAGCUAGCCAGAUAACUGCACUGAAACACACUAUUAGUGUGUGUAUGUUUGUGUGUGUGUGUGUGUCUGUCUGUCUGUGUUUGCAUAUAACAAUGAGUCUGUGCUGUAACUGUAACACUGUAAUAUGUCCUCCAGUCUACUCAGCAUGCUCUUUUCUGUAUGUCUAUCAGCCCCUUACGCAACUGCUAGUAUAUCUCAUCCUUUUUUUUGUUGAAUCUAGAGGGGCAUGUUUUGUGAGUGUUGCUGAUGUUGUCUUUGUGCCAAUAGGUUGA